AUGUAUAAUCCUUACCAACAGCAAAAUGGAGGUUACCAACCUGGACCAUACUACCAACAAGGUCAACAACCUCAACAACAGCAACAGCAACAACCUCAACAACAGCAACAACAACAACCAAAUUAUCAAUCGAAUUUUGGAUCUUUGCAACAAAAUAAUCAACAAAAUGCUUAUAAUCAAAAUCCUCAAUAUCAAACGAUUCAACAAACAGGUUAUAAUCCUAUGGGCUCUGUUCAACCUCAAGCUACUGGGAACUAUUAUCAGCAACAGCAGCAACAGCAGCAACAGCAACCACAACCUUUGCAGCAGCAGCAGCAGCAACAGCAACCAGCUAAUGCUAUGUUGAACCCAAAUCAACCACAAGGUUUUAAUACAAUGAAUAAUUUGUCAACUCCGGCUCUUGCGUCCAAUGCAACACAGGCAAUCCAACCUCAAGGAACAGGAAGUUUCUAUGGAAAUAUGAAUAUAGCCAUGUCAAUGCCAAAUAUCAUGCAACCUCAAGUUCAACAACCACAAGCUACAGGAAUGUAUGCACCGACCACUUCUUUCCAACAACCUCAACCUCAGCAAACACAAUUCCAAGCCCCUGCUGUUCAACAAGUCCAAGCUCCUCCUGUGCAACAGAUUCAACCUCAAAACACUAUGCAACCACUGUUACCACAACAAACUGGUUUCUACGUGCAACAAUCUCAAGUACCAUUAGAACCUUUAAAACCAACAGCUACAGGGUUUAUCAACUCUUUUGCAAACAAUGGUGUCAAUAAAGAAAUUAAGAUUCCAACAAUGAGAUUAUCAUUUAUAACAGCCCAAGAUCAAGCCAAAUUUGAAACGCUAUUCAGAGCAGUUGUGAAAAAUAGUUCAAACACCAUCUCUGGUGCAGACUGCAGAUCUAUCUUAAUGAAAUCUGGUCUACAACCUACUCAAUUGGCUAAGAUUUGGAAUUUAUGUGAUACUAGCAAAUCUGGUGAAUUAUUAUUUCCUGAAUUUGCAUUGGCUAUGCACUUAAUUAAUGAUGUCUUACUCGGUGACUCUAUCCCAUAUGAGUUGGACAGUAAGACUAAAAAUGAGAUUGCCAGCUUUAUUAACGCAAUUAAUGUCGGUAUUGCCACUGAACAAAAUAAAACCCCAUUUGACGAUUUAAUGAAUCAAGGAUUGCAACCACAAUCGACUGGGUUAAUGCCAAUGACAAGUUUUGGAGGACCUCUACAAGGUCAAAUGACAGGUGGGAUGUUGAACCCACAAUCUACCGGUUAUAUGCCACAGACAAGUUUCGGAAUGCCAAUGCAAAUCACUGGCGGUCCAGUAAUGGCCCAAAAUACAGGUGGAAUGCUACAAGCUCAGAUGACAGGUAACAUGCCACAAACUUCAUUUGGGAUGCCAUUACAAAAUCAAAUGACAGGUGGAAUGCCUCCAAUGCAGCAACAAUUUAAUUCCAUGCCACAAUUGUCUUUCAAUCAACCACAACAGCAGCAAACACAACAACCUAAUUUGGUACCACAAGCCACAGGUUAUUUACCACCUUCAAAUUUUGUUACUCCUUCCAUGCCAUUAGCUGCUCAAAAGACUGGGUUUGGUCAAAAUGAAAUUUAUUCUCAAUCUAAUUUUAAUAAUAAAUUAAAUGCUGAUAGUGAUGAAACAAUUUCCACUCAGGAAAAAUCACUUUUCUAUAAGAUUUUUGAAACUUAUGACACUGAGGACCGUGGAUUAAUGGAAUCUCAAACGGCCGUGGAAAUCUUUAGAAAAUCUGGUUUAAAUAGAAGUGAUUUGGAACACAUCUGGAAUCUUUGUGAUGUUAACAAUAGAGGUAAACUGAACAAGCAGGAAUUUGCCCUUGGUAUGCAUCUCGUUUAUAGGAAAUUGAACGGAAGAGAAUUACCAAAUAGACUACCACCAAGUUUGAUUCCUUCUAGUACUCAAAUCUUAAAUGAUGUUAGGGAUCAAUUGAAGACUGAUAUGAACACUUCAGAAGCUCCAAGAAUUAAUGGACUAGGGUAUAAGAAUAAUGAUGAAGAAAAUGAAUUGCCUAGUUUCAGAAACCGUAGAACUGUCUACUCUACUAAUACAUCUUCUCCACCAACUGAAAAAUCUGUUCCAGAACCUGAAAAGGAAAAAGAAACAAAAUUGGAAUCUUCUAUCCCAGUCUCGGAGGAAAGGACUGAAGAGAGAUACCCUGAAAUUAAAAGCUCUGAACCAGCUGUUCAACAUAUCACUUUAUCAAGACCAGAAAAUAUUCAACGUAUCGAGUCUGUGCAAUACCAGAUCAGGAACAUAUGUCAAAACCAACACAUGAAUCCUUCAAUUCCAAAUUCAUUAAAGGAAAAAUUUGAUCAUAUCAUCACUAAACUUCCAUCAUUAUUCUUAGCGAUUGAUGACGUUGACAAUAAGAUCACUGCAGCUAAGAUUGAAUUAUUUAAGAAGAAGAAUCCUUCCUCCAUCAUUGGUACAGGUCCAAAUGGUGAAAUAACAGAAAACGAUAGACAAAAGGCAAAGAGUAGAGCUCUUCUAAAAGCAAGAAUGGCAGCACUAACAGGUAAGCCAGCUGAAGCAGUAACGGAUGAGACAGAAGCAUAUCAAGAAGAAAUUUCUAAGAUAUCAAAAGAAGGUGCCCAAAAUAAGGAUAUUAUUAAUGAUAUCAAAGAUUCGAUUUCUGAUUUAUCAGCUUCUUUAAAGUCGACAAUGACAGGCCGCAAAAUAGAUACAUCUUCGAAGAAUUUCGAAAAAUGGGAAUUUGGUAUUGAUUUAGAAAAGGAAGUGCAGGAUUUCAUGCAUGAUUUAGUAGUUAAGACUGACGAGAUUAAUGCUGAGAGUCAAUCACUUUCAUCAAAGGGUCAAUCUGCGGAGGAAAGAGCCGCACAAUUGAAGGAACAGGCUCAAAAAAAGAUGAAAGAAAGAUUAGCUAAGUUUGGCCUAAACAAAAGAGAAUCAAGAUCCAGAGGUAACAGUGACGCUGUCUCCAAGCCAGCUAGAGACUCUGUUGUUUCAAGCGCGGCUUCAUCCGAAUCGGCACAAGCAACUCCGUUUACGGUAGAAAAUUCUUCUCCUGUGACUAAAAACGAUGCACAGGAAGACAGCGAAGAUGAAGAGGAAAGACUUUUAAGAGAACAAUUGAAUCAACUAAAGUUGAAGAAAAAGGCUGAAAAGGAGAAAAGAUUGGCCGAUUUGCGUAAGCAGAUAGAAGAGACAAGCUCAGAAGAUGUAGUCAAAGAAAUACCAGAGUCGACCCCCAAUACUCAAAAUUCUGAAGGUGCUACAAAUUCUGCACCCGUUGGCGUUAACAAUGUCCAACAAAAUCCACAGGUAGCACCCAUGAGUACUCCUGCAGUAAAUAACCAAACAGAUUCUUAUAAACCGAACUCCGAUAUAUCAUCUGCAGGACGUAAGAUGAACCCAUUCUUUAAAUCUGAAGCCUCUUCCACAUCCUCCUUUGAUAAGAAGGCUGCGGAGGCUCAAAGAAGAAUUCAAAGAGGAUUGGAAAGUGAUAGUGAUGACGACGACGGUUGGUCAGAUGAUGAACCAAGCCCUUCUGGAAACAAUCGCCAUGAAAUUUUACCUGUGCCAACAGUGCCUUCUUUACCAAACGUCUCCUCGUUAGCACAACCUUCUACUUCACCUGUUCCAGUGGCGCCACCUCCAAUCCCCCAACCAACAGCAAUGGGCUUAUCAAAUUCAGCAACACCUGCUGUUUCUACACCUUUACCAUAUUCUUCAGGUGCAUCUAACUCUCCCACUCCAGUGGCACUUCCAAUUCCAGUGGCUCCACCGCUACCUGAAGUUAAUCAGGGUAGUUCUAAUGCAGUCCCAAUUGCACCUCCUCUUCCUCAAAUUAAUGGCAAUUCCAGUGUAGCUGUACCAAUUGCGCCACCAGUUCCAGGAAUUAUUGAUUCUGGUGCAUCAAAUACACCACCAGUUCCUAUUGCACCACCAGUUCCAGGAAUUACAGAUUCCGCAGCUUCAAAUGUACCACCAAUCCCUGUUGCGCCACCAUUACCUCAAGUCAAUGAUAAUGUUAAUGUGAGUAGUCCACCUGUUCCAUCAUUACCAGUAGAUAGUGGUAGUAGCUCUGCUUUCGUUCCACCUCCACCCCCAUUGCCUUCCCAAGAUCAAGUCAAUACUCCAGCUGCUAAUGAUGAUAACGAUGAAGAUGAAUUUUCAGACGCUCUGUCCAUUCCAGAGUCGGUAGAUUCAGAUGAUGGAAAUGAGAAACAGCCACCAUCUGCUAUUCCACCACCACCACCAUUGCCAUUUUAA